AUCCAGACCUUCCCCGCCACAUCCCCACGUCACGUGCGGCGCCGGGACGAGCGGCGGAAGGAGAAGCGGGAGCAGCUGCGGGAGAGGAAGAAGAAGGAGCGGGCUCGGCGCAGGGAGGAGCUGAAGCAGCUCAAGAACCUGAAGCGCCAGGAGUUGGCGGCGCGGCUCGCCCGGAUCCGCGAGGCCUCCGGCUCCGACGCCCUCGGAGUCAGCGACUCCCUCCUCCAGGAGGACUUCGACCCCGCCCGCCACGACCGCCUCAUGGCCGAAUGGUUCGGGGAGGAAUAUUAUGGAAAAGGGGAGGAGGAGAAGCCACAGUUCGAGGAGGAGGAAGGGCUGGAAGACGACUGGAACUGGGAUGCCUGGACGGGGCGGGAGGAGGGGGGGGCUGAGCCGGAGCCCCACUGUGAGGACCCCGACUUUGUGAUGGACGCCGAUUACAUCCCUGAGGCCCCCGACCCCGCAUGGCCCCCUGGCCCGGCCCCCGAGGUGUCUUUGGGGAAGAAACGCCGGAACGAAAUUCGGGAGGCCCUGGAGAGGGAGAAGCCCUGUUUGACCCCGGUGAGCGGGCCCUUCGAGCAGUACCUGGAGGAGUUUUACGGCCUCGACUUCGAGGACGUCAUCGGGGACCUCCCGUGCCGCUUCAAGUACCGCCGGGUCGUGCCCUGCGACUUCGGCCUCACCACGGACGAGAUCCUGGCGGCCGACGACAAGGAGCUGAACCGCUGGUGCUCCCUGCGCAAGACCUGCAUGUACCGCUCGGAGCAGGAGGAGCGGCAGGACCAGGCCAACUACGCCCGGCGGGCGCAGAACCUGGGCAAGAAGCACCAGAUCCUGAGAUCCCUCGCGGCCAGCCCUGAGGAGCCGCAGCCGGCGCCGGCAAAGCCGAAACCGGGGAAGAAGCGCCGGGAGAAGCGGAAGCGGCUGAAGGAGGAGGAGGAGGAGGAGGAGGAGGAGAAGCCCCCCCAGCCUCCCCCCAAGGCCCCCACGAAGCCUGGGGGUCCCCGGCGCCGGGGGGGGCCCCCCCUGGGCGCGUCCGUGCGCUUGGGGGGCCGGGAGUUCAGCGGGAAGAGGUUGGAAGCCUUCGGCCUCAACCCCCGCCGGCUCCGGUUCCGGCAGCUCCGGUGGCAGCGGCGAAGGGAGGGGGAGGCGGGGGGCAAAGCCGGGGGGAAGCCCCUGGAAAAGGCCUGGAAAAACCCCGGGAUGGAGGGAAAAACCCCGGAAGGGGAGGGGAAGAAACAGAGGCGAAAACAGAAGCGUGGGAAAAACACCUGAGUUCCCUUCUGGGAAAAACAUCCCUUGGGAAAAACACGUGGAUUCCCUGGGAAAGGCACAUGGAUUCCCUGGGAAAACGUGAACAGAUUCCCUGGGAAAACGUGAAUAGAUUCCCUGGAAAAACAGCCCCUGAAAGCCCCGGGAAAAAACAGCAGAACCCGUGGGAAAACACCAGAAACCUCUGGAAAAGAGCGGAACCGUCCCGGAAAAACGGCAGAAGAGCCUGGAAAAGCGGGGGAAGCCUCUGGAAAACCCCGGGAAGGCUCCAGGACGCUGCGCUCGGUUCAAGUUCACUUUAUUUUG